UAGAAUAUAAUCGUGUAAAGAGAAGCACCAAAACUGCUUGAGUAUUCAUGAAGCCCCAUGAUUUGGACUGUAGUCACGAGCGGAAAGAAAAAAGCCUACAGCCAUUCAGUCUAUUAGACGCAUCUCUCUUUUUAAAGCGUCUAUUUCCAUCAAGAACAGAAUGAACCUGUUUGCGUUCAUUAGAAUGGGUUACAUCAUGAUGAUUCUCACCCUAGUGUUGAUGUUUUGGGCAUCAAUGGUCAGGAUGCACGAGUUACCAGUUCAAUACCCGCCGUGUUUCUUCAAUCCUUUGUGUACUUGUUCUAAAGCAGUUCCUGACCUUGGAAUAGUGAACUGUGAGAAUGUUCCUAUGCCUAGAAUACCUCAACCAAUUAAUUCGUCCAAAGUGUUCAUUCUUCAACUAGGCAAUAAUGGACUACGACAGUUGCAGCCUCAAUUUUUAAUGAAUACAGGCCUGUAUAAUCUUCAGAUUCGAUAUAAUCCUCUGGCAGAUAUUCCAGACGAAGCUUUUCUAGGGCUUGAAAGAUCGCUAUGGGAACUCGAGUUACCAUAUAACCAAUUAGUUAAAGUUCCGAGUAAAUCAUUUCGGCAUUUACAAAAAUUGAAAAUUUUGGAUUUGACUGGUAAUGAAAUAUCAGUAAUUGAAGCUGAUAAUUGGAGAGGUCUGGAAAAUUCUCUUCAUACACUGCGAUUAGGGAAAAAUCACAUCGACAAACUUCCAGCAGAUGCAUUCUCUGGUCUUACGUAUCUAGAGAUCCUUGAUUUACGUGAUAACAGUCUUAGAGAUAUUGAUCCUUCGGUAUUUAGAGAUGGAAUGGCACACCUUUCCUACUUCUAUCUUAACGGGAAUCAACUUACAGCUAUUCCAUACAGCCAAUUAUCAACAUUAAAACACAUGAAAGUGCUUGAUCUCAGCCACAAUAGAAUUUCUCAGAUAAUUCAGCCCCUGACAGAACCUGAAAUACGUGGAAUUCAAAUUUCAUUGGAUACUUUACGUCUUGACUGGAAUCAAAUUACAACUCUUCAGCCUGGAUCUUUCCAACAUUUUUUUAAAGUUAAUAAAACUUACUUGAGUGGAAAUCCGCUGAUAGAAAUUGAAGAAGGUGCUUUUAGAGAUUCAAAAAUUAGAGAGCUUUAUUUAACUGAUUGUGACAUUAUGGAAAUUAAUUCAGCUUCAUUGAAAGGCCUAGAAUCUUCGUUAGAACUUCUCGACUUAUCAGGAAAUAAUAUUACUUCAUUACAAAGUCAUAUUUUUCAAGAAUUCGACUUUUUAAGAACUUUGAUUUUUCGUGACAAUAAAAUAAUUAAUUUUUCACCAGCGGAAGCAUUUACUGGAUUUCAAUAUUCAUUAUAUAACUUGGAUUUGAGUGGUAAAGGAAACGGCCCUGUUUCUCUUCAAGAUCUUCGACAAAUGCGCAAUCUUAGAUACUUGUCAUUAUCAAAAUUGUCUCAAGAUACUCUUUCAGCCGAUGAUUUUCUAGAAUUUGGAAUUGACGUAAAAGAACUCCAUAUCACUCAGAGUAAUUUGAAUUCUAUUAAAAGUCAUGCUUUUACACAUGUUCGAGGAAUUAAAUACAUGGAUUUUUCGGAGAAUUCUAUAUCAUCAAUUGAUGAUGAAGCGUUUUCUGAAGUUGGACAAUCUUUAAUGACCCUGAAACUCGCACACGGGCUUUCCAGUUCUAUGAGUGAAUUGCCUAAUAAACCUUUCAGAGCUUUAACAAAUCUUCAAUAUCUUGAUUUAAGUAAUAAUAAAAUUCGUUCAAUGCCUGAUACGUCGUUUCAUUUCCUGAAGAGGAUCAAGAGAAUUGAACUCCAAGAUAAUGAAAUUGGUGACAUUCGCAAAGGAACUUUUCAGGGAGAUAUUCAUUCUAUUCUUGAAGAAGUUGACUUUGCUUUCAAUCAUAUUGGUAAUCUUCAAACUCACACAUUUGUCGAUUUGGCAUCCAUGUCUUUUCUUAACUUAAAAGACAAUAAAAUCGAAAGAAUUGAAAGGAGAGCAUUUAUGAAUAUGAAUCGUUUAAAGUAUUUAAACUUAAGAGGGAAUAACAUUAAAAAUAUUGUAGAUGAGGCUUUCCAAAAUUUACCAGAUCUAGAAUUUCUAGAUUUGUCGUACAAUAAAAUGGAUGAAUUCGACUUCGGCUGGUUUGACCAAGUUGGAACUUUGGCCUCGUUUAAAGUGAACGCCAGUCACAAUGAAAUCAAGAGUUUACAGCUUAAUAGCUCUAACACUGCCCCAACAUCAACAUUAUACUAUAAUAUGGGUGGUGCUCUUCAAUCAAAUAUCAAAGUCCUUGACUUGAGCCAUAACAAUAUAACUGACAUAGCAAAGUUUUAUUUCCGGCCAGUUGAAUAUUCAUUGACUCAUUUAUAUUUCUCACACAAUGAAAUCGGAAAUAUAACGCAAACGAUCUUUGGAAAUCUUCCACACCUUCAAUGGCUAGACUUACGAUACAAUGAUAUCAUAGAAAUCGACUAUGACUGCUUCAGAAACACCAAAAAUAUCCAAGUUCUACUACUAUCUCACAACGAUAUCAUGGAUAUUCCUGCAGAGUCAUUAAAAUCUUUAAAAAAACUUCGAAUCUUGGACUUGUCUUUUAAUAAACUUCGUACGCUACCAGAUAACAUGUUUACUGAUGCCAAUAUUGAAAUACUAGAUCUAUCUCAUAAUCAAUUUAUGCGUCUGCCAACCAAAACUAUGACUCCAAUAGCCGCUGGAUCCGUUUCAGUGCUAAAUAUGGCUUGGAAUAUGCUUUCUAGUAUCAAUAAUGCUGAUGCUAUUUCUAAAUUUAAAAGUUUAACUGAUCUGGACUUAUCCUACAACCGUCUAGUUCGAUUAGAUGACGGAGUAUUUGCUGAUCUCCCACACCUAAUUGACCUAGAUUUAAGUCACAAUAAGCAGUUGAUCUUAGAAAAUAGAGGAAGAACAUUUUAUGGAUUAGAAGAUUCUUUGAUGACUUUAGGACUCAGCAAUAUUUCACUUCUAACAGUUCCAGAACUUCCAUUCCGUCUUUUGAGAAAUCUUUACUUAUCAAAUAAUGAGCUCGCAACAAUUCCAGCGGAAUUAGCAUCAAAUCUUUCAUCUCUUCACCAUCUUGAUCUCAGUCAUAAUGAUUUAACUGUUGUUCCUCUUAUUACCCACACAUUACUUGAGUUGAAAUCAUUCAACCUUGCUUAUAAUCCCAUUACGUCUGUUACCAACACCAGUUUCUUGGGGUCUGCCGAUAGUCUUGUGGAAUUAGAUAUUAGAAGAUUACCUCUGUCAACGUUUGAAAAUGGAGCAUUUUGUAAAGCAUCAAAACUUCAAUCAUUGGCUAUAACAGCUUAUACAGGCAUUAAAAACUUUAAUUUCCCAAGUCUCUUGCAACAUAAUCAUGGUUUGAGAGAUCUCGUGAUAGAUGUGGAUAAUGAAACUACACUUGAAAAGCAAAUGAAAGGAGUAUUCCCUGUGAAGUUAUACAAUUUUACUUUUACUGGCAGAAAUUUGAAAUCUCUCAAUUCAGAUAUUCUGCAAGGAAUAAGAAGUCCUCAUCUUCAUUUUGAACUUCAUAAUACUUCAGUAGGACGAGUACCCGAUGAAAUAUUCGAAAAUGCAAGAACAGUUCGAAAUAUUACAAUAGACCUUCAUGAUAAUGACAUUAAAACUCUGGAGAAUCCAUCAAAUGGUCAUAAGCCUGGAGUUGCAGACAAAAGAUUUCUAAUGCGACUACGAAUGGCCGGAAGCUACGUUAACUGUGAUUGUGAUAUUGGGUGGAUUGAAGGUUGGCAAAGGAAGCAUCGACAAUAUCAAGAAGACAGAUGCAGUAAUACUUUUCCUCUUCAUCAUUACAAUUUUGAACGUGAUGAAGAAAAUGAACACAGCUGCUGGGAUAAUGGUUGGGAUGAUGAUUUAAGGGAAAGUUUCUGUUCUAAUAAAAAUAAUAUGUCAAUUAUGAAAGCUCUCAAACAAGAUAUUGAGUGUGGUUGGUCAUCAGCUCCUACAAGGAAGAUUUCGCAGCUUCUUCUAGUUUUUGUUCUUUUAAUAUCUGCCGUAAAUGUUUAUUAAUUUUUUAAAAAUUUUAUUCUAUUUUUUAAUUAAAUAAAAAGAGAAUCAAUAAUAAAUUGAUUAUUCUUUUUCUUAAAAAAAAUCUAUUUACUCACUGUAAAUUGAUGAAUACUCACGAAUUAACAAAAUUUUCAAAGAUAACACAAACUAUUACUAAAAUAAAUCAUUUAUUUAAAAAAUAGGACAAGCUAUAAAUACUCAUAAUAUGUAUAUGCAUUUAUUUAUGUAUUAAUAAUUUUAGUUUAGUUUGUUUUUAUUGUGAUUUUCAAUUAUAUGUAGGAUUAAUUAAGCAGCUUGAUAUAAUUUUCAUAACAAUUUGAAAAGUUGGCAGCCAAAUUAUUCCAAAAAUAAAGGAAAGACAAAGAUAAAUGAAUGAAAGUUGUAAGCCCAAAAACAUUGUUUGUACAGCUAUUUGCUGACGAUCUUUCAUCUGUUUAAUGUCUAUUACUUUAUCUAAGAUAAAUCUCAGGAUAUAUAGAAGAAUCUGUAAAAAAAACUAUACUCGUUAAUGUUAAAAUUGAAACUUUAAACUAAUAACAUUUAAUUCCAUCUUGGAUUUCAUAAAUUAA